GCAGCCUCAGGAGUGGAGACACUCCGCUCCACUUCUCUGCCUCCACUUCGUCCUCUCGCUGCCUGCUGUCACCUCCCUCUGUCCACAGCUGCAGAGGCGCACUGCUGCGGGGAAACAUGUUCAGUUCAGUAACUUGGCACGGAAGAUUUCGCAACUUGUAGUCUACUGACUCAACACGGACAGCCCUGUAGCACAGGUAACCUCACCUGGUUCAGACUCCCAGACUCGCCUCUAAAAUGGCCCAAGAGAACCAAACCUGCCAUUAUAAUGAGUCAAUGAGCUUCUUCUACAACAACAGCGGUGCUAAAGACAGUUGGAACCAAACGCAGCUCAUCCUGAUGAGAGUGGCGGGCUCUAUCUUCUGCUGCUUCAUCCUGGUCUCCAACUCCAUGGUCAUAGCUGCUGUCAUCACCAAUAAGAGGUUUCACUACCCUUUCUACUAUCUUCUAUCCAACCUCGCCGCCUCUGACUUCCUGGCGGGCAUAGCAUACGUGUACCUGAUGUUUAACACAGGGAAGUUGUCAAGGACACUCACAGUUAAGGAAUACUUCUUCCGUCAAGGUCUUCUGGAUGUCAGUCUCUCCGCAUCAUUGGCUAACCUACUGGUGAUUGCUCUGGAGCGUUACAUCUCCGUCCUUAACUGGAAAGUCCACAGCAACCUGACGAAGAGGAGGGUGACCCUGCUGAUUGUGCUGGUGUGGGCCAUCUCCAUCUUUAUGGGUGCUGUGCCGAGUCUAGGCUGGAACUGCAUCUGCAACAUCGCAGACUGCUCCAGCCUGGCUCCCAUCUUCAGCAGGAGCUACCUGAUCUUCUGGUCUGUGUCUAACCUGUUGGUGUUCCUGGUUAUGGUGGUCAUUUACACAAGGAUUUACACCUACGUCAAGAGGAAGACGGCAGUGCUUUCACCGCACACCAGCGGCUCCAUCAACCGAAAGAGGACUCCUAUCAAGCUCAUCAAGACAGUCAUGGUUGUGCUGGGAGCCUUUGUGAUCUGCUGGACUCCCGGCCUGGUGGUUCUGUUGCUGGACGGCCUCAACUGCAAGAGUUGUAACGUCAUGGAAACAAAACAGUGGCUGCUAUUGAUGGCUGUACUCAACUCUGUCAUGAACCCUUGCAUCUACUCCUACAAGGACGAGGAAAUGUGGACAACCAUCAAGAACCUCAUGCGCUGCAUUGGUAAUGGCACGCGGCGGCAGCGGUCGACGAAGGCCAACGCCAGGCCGCUCAGCUCUACUCAGGAUACGGGCAACAGUCAGCCUCCAUCAGAGGAGACAAAAACUGACGAGCAGGGCAUUCUCAAGAUCUGAAAAUGGAACUUGACAAAAAUUAAUCAUCACUUCUGUUUAGUCAAACGACUGGACAUACUGUGUGAAGAUUCCGAUUGGAGUUGACUUGAAACCACAACAGUUGGCCUCAGAUGGCCGGUGUUGUCCUCAGAUAACAAUGACUUUCUUGAAGAGACACUGCAGGCCAACUGCUCCAGUGUAGAGCUAAAGAGACAGAGAUAAGAAGAGGCUUCCAUGCACAACAAAUUCCUGAAAUGGAGGCAAAGAUGUGCUUUUCCAUUUUAUUUGGGGAUUUUACAGUUUUUUGGACCUAUGCCUCCCAUUCAUGUGCUGUGGGAGAUCCCUGUAGCGUUUUGUCCUGCUCUGUCUGUCUUCAUCACACCCAUGUUGGUUGUUUGAACUUUAAACUGCUCUGCAAUGGCUGAAGAAAGCAAAAAGCACACAGUGAUACAUUUCUACUGUUACCUCUAAAAAGGGUAAACAUGCAAAGGGUAACUUAGCUUUCAUGUGUGUACGUCUGUUGACUCAAUGUCACUUCCUGUGUUACCUUUCAUAAAGCUGUAAUAGACGAUCUAGUUGAGCUGUGUAUUAGGACAUGUUUGUUGACAGGUACUAUAACACUUUAUGUGGCUUAGGAAGUGCACCAUUUUAUAGUUUAUUACUGAAAACACAGCCUGCCCAAAAUACCGUAUACUGCUGUACCAUAAUGUAUAUACUUGUACAUACGUUUAAAUACUUUCAAGAAGAGGCGUAGUAAUUCCAACUUUAAGGCAGCCGGCAUGAUUAGCAUGCUAAGCAUGGUCUGAUUAUUUUGACCAUCCUUUGCAAUGUUAAGCCUAGAAAAUCUCACCGUGCAUUCUGUUGUAAAGCUGGUUUGGCUGUAGGCAAUAGAUAACAAAGUCACUCUUUUCUUGUCCCAGCUUUCAUUAUCAGUUCAACUCAACAAACAGAUAAACUCCUGCCUAAAGCACAUCUUGAAGGCAAACUUGUUCUCCCUGUAGCAUUUUAACACAUCAACUUCCACUAACAGCUGCUCACCUAUAGCGCAGGGGUUGCAAAACACUGGAUUCCUGCUGGGGUUUCCACAAUACCCUAUGUACCUGCAGGAACCGAACAGGAUAUGACUGAAUAGACCACACUCACACAAACCUCCCUCUCUAUAAACAGCGCUGACACCUCUAUUGCUAAAUCAUUGACAGGGUUCAAAUGACUUCUUUAACCUGCUGUACAGUAUGUAUAACAUUCCUGUUGUAGCAUCAUGCGAUCAUUAAGGAGUGUAGUAAUAGACCAUAUGUGAGUAGUGAUUGGAAAUAGGUUACAGUUCGGAUGGUGGUGUUUCUUUAUCGAAACAAAGUUGUAGAUGGCCAUUCCUUUGCAGAUUUGAGAUUUUUAAUCAUAACAAAAAUACUAAAUUUUUUUCAAACCUCUUUGAAUUCAUGUUCUUUUUUUUCUUUUCUCCAAUGGACAUCACAUGUCAUGAUACAAUACAUGAUAUAAUACAGUAACAGCAACCAACACAAAGGUUUGUCACUGGAGCGACUCAAACUUUAUUAUGGAGUAUCAUUUUCACUAGUAUUUAUAGGAACCUUUUAAUAUGAACAUCCGUCAAUUUGCCGAAAGUGGUUCCAAUUAUAUUUUUUUAUUAAAAUGAUUUUUAAUGAUAUAAAUAAUGUGAUUUAAUUAAUGCAUUUUCUGGCAUUAACUUCAGUUUUACCCAUGCUAGCAGCAAUUUUAUGAAGCUUAAUUUUAAAAGGCUGAAGCCAAGGUAGUAUUGCUUUUUAUCCUGUUAGAAAUCGGGUAUCUUUAACUGUUUUAGGAUUUUAUAAUUCAAAUAAAAUGAUUGGAUUGCCAUCCCA